GUGAGCGCGCCAGGGGAGGGGCGCGCGGGGCGCAGGGCGCGCGCGGCGGCCGCUGCGGCCUGUUGGCGCGGUCGCCGGCAGCCUCGAGCGAGUCGAGCUAGGCACCGUGGCGGCUGUGGCUGGCGAGGAGCGCGUGGCCGGAUCAAUUCCCGAGUGGCCCGCGACCAUGUCCCUGGGGCAGCGGCUGGCUCUGCUGGCCAGCCGUCUGCAGGAGCCGCAGCGGGUGGCGAGCUUCCAGCGUCUGUGUGGGGUGGAGGUGCCGCUCAGCAGCCCGGCGGCGGACGAGGAUGCAGAGACCGAGGUUCGCGGAGCCCCGGGAGAACCCCGGCGACGGGGACGGCAGCCGGGCGCUGAGGACAGCCCCGCCAAGGCGGACUGCUGCGGUGCCCCGAACGGCGUGCGCAACGGGCUGGCGGCCGAGCCGGGCCCGACCGGGCCCCGCCGCGCGGGCUCGCAGCGCCGCAACUCGUUGACGGGCGAGGAGGGCGAGCUGGUCAAAGUGAGCAACUUGCCGCUCUACUACCUGUUCUGCUUAGGCACGGAACUGGGCAACGAGCUCUUCUACAUCUUAUUCUUCCCCUUCUGGAUCUGGAAUCUCGACCCCUUUGUGGGCCGGAGGCUGGUGAUCAUCUGGGUGCUGGUCAUGUACCUGGGCCAGUGCACCAAGGACAUCAUCCGCUGGCCACGGCCGGCCUCGCCGCCUGUCAUCAAGCUGGAGGUCUUCUACAACUCGGAAUACAGCAUGCCCUCCACGCAUGCCAUGUCAGGCACCGCCAUCCCCAUCGCCAUGUUCCUGCUCACCUAUGGCCGCUGGCAGUAUCCUCUUAUCUACGGGCUGAUUCUCAUUCCCUGCUGGAGUUCACUAGUUUGCCUAAGUAGAAUCUACAUGGGAAUGCAUUCUAUCCUGGAUGUCAUUGCUGGAUUCUUGUAUACCAUUUUAAUCUUAAUUAUCUUCUACCCAUUGGUGGACCUGAUUGACAACUUCAACCAAACUUACAAAUAUGCGCCGCUCAUCAUCAUCGGGCUUCACUUAAUUUUGGGCAUCUUCUCUUUCACCCUUGACACCUGGAGCACAUCCCGAGGAGACACGGCUGAGAUUCUGGGAAGUGGUGCUGGGAUUGCAUGUGGCUCACACGCUGCUUAUACCCUGGGCCUAUCCUUAGAACCUUCUCUGCACAUGUUACCCUUAGCUAUCCCCCCUCUUACUGUAACUCUGUUUGGAAAAGCCAUAUUACGGAUCGUCCUAGGAAUGCUGCUUGUACUGUUCGUGAGGGAUAUCAUGAAGAAGAUCACCAUUCCUCUAGCCUGUAAACUCUCCAGUAUUCCGUGUCAUGACAUUCGCCAAGCAAGGCAGCACAUGGAAGUGGAGCUGCCAUACCGGUAUAUUACCUACGGGAUGGUUGGGUUCUCCAUCACGUUUUUGGUCCCCUAUGUAUUUUCCUUUAUUGGUAUCUCUUGAUGGAGGAACACUGUUUGUUAUAAGAAAGGAGGCUACCAGCUAUAUCUAAAGCUAUUCUCUAGGUAAAACUUGGAUCAGAGGCUUCUGCAAGAAUUUGACUUAAAGAAGUAAAUUCUGCAGCCAGUGCAUUCUCUCAUUGCACACCAGAUGUUGUUUUACGUGGGCUGAGCUCUCUCAGUGCUGAGAAAUGGCGCGCCCAUUUAGAAUGUUCACCAAAUGUUUGGGGAGUUCUGUGCUGUUACAAAUUGUAGUUAUAUAUACCAUAUAUUAAGGCACACGGUGUGCAAAGGUGUGUCUAGUAUAUAUUAUAUAUACAACUGUUUACCUAACAACAGUGGGGUGUAUUGAAAAAAAUCAGUAACAAUAUGCAGUUGUGCCCAGGUUUUUGGAAUUAAUGCAGGCAUGUUGUUAUUAACAAAUAGGCUUAGUGUUUCUUUCCUCUGGGAGCCAUUUCCUAGUUGAGUUGGUAAUUAGCAGACAGAAAUCUGUGUGCUACCGCACACUUGACUUACUGUCUCUCCCCACACUGCCAGCUCCCUUCAUUUACCCAUGAACGAGAGGCAUUUCUAAUGGACCAAGUUUUGGGGGAAGUUUGCUGUUUGAGAUUUUUUUUUCCAUUCUUAAAGUUCUGUACACUGUGUUGAAUGUAUUUUUUUUCCCAACUGUUUUGGUCACACCAAUUCAGGUACUGAAUUUUAUUGCUUGCUAACUGUGCCUUUCUUUUCCUGAAUUAAGAGACACCAUGUAUACUGUGAUAUAAAAGUGACACUCUAAUUCUAUCAUAAGCCACAUCAUCAGGCAAAUAUUUUUAAAAUAUAUAUAUCAAACUAACAGAAGUAAAUGGCCCAUAACUCUUCAGUCGUUUUUUAGAAAGAAAUGUGGAAUUGCUAAGUUUUCUCACUAAUUUAUUGGAAAGCUAAAUGGAUAAGUAUUUCCAUUUUUGUAAGUAUUUUUCUGUGCAUUGCAAGUUAUUGGAACAGUAUAUAUAUGUAAGUACGUUGUCUUGAUUGUGUAUAGUACAAAUAAAUACUUCCAGGGAGUGGAAACAUCACUGAAAUUUAUAGAUGAGACAGUGUAUACCCUUCCUAUGUACACAAGCCAUUUUUCUAAAUUAUUUGAAAAGGAUUGGAUUUCCUACCGUUAUCUUUUAAUACCCCACUCUUUAGCAAUCUAAGGUAGAUUAUAAAAUCCAAACGUGAAAUAUCCGUAGCUAAGAUUCUAUUAUUUUUCCCAACUAAUUAUUUUUACAGUGGUAAAUUUGAGUGUAGUGUUAAGCUAUUCUUUCCUGUCUGUGCCUUUAUAUUUUGAAGUGUGAUUGCAAUUAGGUUAACAUUACGUUUAUUUGUGGUGAGGUUUUUUGUAAAGAAGAGAAUUAAUUUUCCAUACAAAUGAACACCAGGUGGAGGUAAUGAUUUUAGUGCAAUAAUCUCUGAUUAUUUAGAAGGAAAACGUUUCUAUUUUGGACAAGGAAAGUAUCUGAGCUUCUUAUUUUUUAUAAUUCUCAUUGAAAGCUUGGGGGCUUGGUAGUUUUUACCCACAAAGAAUCUGAUCAACUUUAAGCAAGUAAAUUUGGACCCUUUGGCCACCAGGAGAAGAAAGCGAGGUGCUUAGAAAAGAAUCGGUACGCAGGGAGCUCAGAAGCUGCGGAGAGCAGGGAUUGCUCCACAGAUGUGCUCUGUGAGUUGAGCUAUAGACAGGGUCCCCCACUUUGGGUCUGUUAUGCUAUUAAUUUUUGUGUGUCACUUAAAAAGAAUUAGAAAAGAUUCUAUUUCUCUGUGUUUGUUUUUGUUUGAUGACAGUUCUAUGCUAAAUGUAUUUUAAAAUAAAAGCCGAGAUCAAUACCGAAAAGAUCUUUCUUCUUUUUG